AUGAAGAAUAGAAUUUUGGGCUUGUUCAAGAAGGGAUCAAGCUCAAGAUCAAGCCAUCACCAAGACGAGUCGAGCACACACUCCUCCACUGGUGUAUCCAUGGAGGAGGUGGACGCUACGCUGAGGCUCCUCGACAACUCCAAUCUCGACCACAUAGGUGACCGAGAGAUGCAAGUCUGUCACAUGAUCAAGGAUCGGACGUUUGCUCAUACCCAAGCAUAUGACCCGAACCUUAUUCAGAAAAUAGAUCCUGAUGGCCGCAUUAAAAGACGUCGAGGACCAAUUAAAUUGGCAAAUGUUGAAAAUCUUCCAGAGGGUGUUAAGAUUAUUGUCAAACUGGAUCGUUUCAACAUACCUUGCUCCCAGUCUGCUAUAGUUCUUGGAUCCUAUUUAGGAACACUUGUCAGGAAGCCACAUCUAGCUCCACUAAACAUUCUUCAAUGGAAUCAUAAACUUUAUAAGAGAGUAUAUCAUCCAAAAAUGAUUUCUGAAGUAGAGAGAAAGUUUGCAAUUGAUGGAAGAGCUAAUAAUUGGAAUCUCCACCAGUUAGAUGGCAAAUGGAGGCAGUACAAGUCAAAACUUAAAAAGGGCUAUUACAAGCCUAACUUAUCUAUGGAACGAGUAUUGCAAACCAUGCCCAAAACUGUUGCUGAAUCUCAAUGGGCCACCCUAGUCUCUUACUGGUACUCAGAGGACUCUAAGAAAAUCAGUGACAAAAACAAAGAGAAUGCACAAAAUAUUAAGCAUCCACACACAUUAGGAAGAAAGAGUUUUGCAAGAAAGAGGAAAGAGCUAGAAGUUAAUGGAGUGGAGGUGGACCGAGCAACCUUCUUUGAUGAAUGCCAUAAGACGAAAGAUGGCAGAUAUGUUAACGAUGCUACUGAAGAAAAAAUGAAUGAAGUAUAUAUGAAAUUGGCUCAGAAAAGAGUGGAUGGCCAAGAACUCAGUGAAGCUGAUUUUGAACAAAAUAUAUUAGAAGUGUUUGGAAAGGAUCAUAGUGGUAGAGUUAGAGGCAUGGGUCCAACCAUUACUCCAACAAACUAUUAUGGUGGAAGAUUUUCGAAUAUAUCAGGAAGCAGUGAAGGGAGUAGCUCCAGUAAUGUAAAUGGUUUCAUUAGUUUUAUAGUAUCAUAUUUGGCUGAGAAAUAUCCAGAGGAUAAUUUGAUUUCUAGGUUGCCACCAUCACUUGCUAGGGUCAUUCCAAGACAAGAGGUUGAUCAGAACCAAGGAAGUCAGCCACCAAAUACUGCUACAUCCUCUCUUCCAUUUGAUCAGAACCAUGGAAAUCAGCUACCAAAUACUACUCCAUCCUCUAGUGCUAGAGCAUCAUCUCAGUCUUGCAGUGAAGAAGAGUGA